AUGAUUUUAAGAGAACCAAGAGGAGAAGAGCCCAUUCACAGUUCAAGGAGGACAAUUCCCAGUAAUGAUAUAAGAGUGAGAGGCUUUGAAGACAUUCAUCAAGAAAUACACAGAAUGAGAGCACUGGCAAGGCAGAGAAGAAGACGUCGAAACAGAGAUGAAAGAACCCGACUUACUGAAGAGAUGAGGAGGGAGGCGAGAGAGUUGAUGGGUGCCUUUGACACUGUUAAAGUAUCUGUUGUUCAUAUUAAAGAAGUUCCUGUCUGUGUGAUUUGUUUGACUGAAUAUAAUGUGGGAGAAAAUGCCUCCCAAAUGCCAUGUCACGAGAAUCAUAUUUUCCACCCAGACUGUCUUCUGCAAUGGUUAGAAAGGAAGAAAAACUGCCCACUCUGUAAAACGCUUGUGUCUGAUCCAUAUCGCCAACCAUUUUCACCACCACCUUGA